UUCCUUGUUCUCUGGUACUGUAUUAGAAAAAUCUAUAUUUUAGGCAAUGGGAAUGAUGGCAGGAGAAACCCUUUGCAUGGUUGCCUUUGUUAUUAUGACGUGUGUUUUCCGAAGAGGUCGGCAGACUGCAGAAACAGCCAAAGCAAAUCAGGAUUUCAGUCCUUUCAUGCUCUAUCCAGCGGCUCUGUUUGAUCUGAUUGGAACAAGCUUAAAUUAUGUUGGAAUGAUCCUCAGCUAUCCUUCAUCAUUUCAGAUGCUCAGAGGCUCCGUAAUAGUUUUUACUGCAGCUUUGUCUAUAGUCUUCCUUCGACAACGCCCCAAACCAUUCCAGUGGCUGGGAAUCUUUAUAAUUAUUGGUGGACUUGUAAUUGUUGGGGUUGGAGAUCUCUUAUAUGCUCCAGCAAAGAUACCAUGUUUGAAGCCAGAGAAUAACGGAACUUUAACUGACCUUCUCAAUCCUGGGGAUGAUGGGUAUUGUGAGACUGCUAAGCUUGGUUCUAAUCCUCUUGUAGGAGAUAUCAUCAUUAUCAUAGGAGAGAUAUUCCACGCUUUCCAGUUUAUUUACGAAGAAUAUGUUUUGGGAAAAUACAAUCUCCCCCCUCUACAGGUGGUGGGAUAUGAAGGUAAAUACCAAUCUCCCCCCUCUACAGGUGGUGGGAUAUGAAGGUAAAUACAAUCU